AACAAUUCAACUGCCUUAUCACGAACCACUGGAACAGGUUGCCUGGGAAACGGCCGCAUGGCAACAGGAUCAGAGCCUGGGGGUUGUCUGCUCUGCUCCCAUUUUACAUCGCAUUUCCUCACUAGAUGGUGUGCAAGCCACUGGAGAGUAGGCUACGUCUUCAAAAAACAAACCUGGAAAACUACAGUUUACGCUAUUUCUUAAGACUUGAGGCGGUGUGGGAGUAAACGCUUUGUUUAAAGGUUUCUUUUCGACUGUUCGAAAAAACACACUCGAGUUGUGAUGGACAUAAUGAUUGCGGUGCAUGAUGCGUGUGUUUCCAGUCAGUGGCUGACAGCUAUAAUUCUCAGUCUGUGCUGUUUUUUACCGUCCUGUUUACCCGCUGGACAAACUGUGGACUAUGCCUCGAUUGAAAGUGUUGUCACCCGACAAGGAGAUACGGCUCUACUAAGGUGCACUUCUGAUGGAAUCUCAAAAGGGGCCUGGUUGAACCGUUCCAGCAUAAUCUUUGCAGGGAAUGACAAGUGGUCCGUGGACCCCCGUGUGUCCAUCAUAUCAACUGGUGAGGAGUACAGUUUGCAGAUACAGAAAGUGGAUGUUACCGAUGACGGCAUGUACACCUGUUCUGUUCAGAGUGAGCACAAUCCAAAGCCAAAGCACCUGCAUCUAGUUGUAAAAGUUCCUCCCAAGAUCUAUGACAUUUCCUCUGACAUCACAGUGAAUGAGGGAAGCAACGUGUCACUAAUCUGCACAGCCAGUGGGAAACCAGAGCCCACCAUCUCCUGGAGACACAUAACCCCAUUAGCAAGGAAGUUUGACAGUGGAGAAUAUCUAAACAUCACUGGUAUCACGCGGGACCAAACAGGGGACUAUGAAUGCAGUGCAAUGAAUGACAUCGCCUCUCCUGACACCAAGACUGUGAAAGUCAUUGUUAAAUUUGCCCCAGCCAUCCACGAGAUGAAAAGCCAUGGAGUUGGGUUGGGACGCACAGCUCUGCUGAGGUGUGAGGCUGCAGCUGUACCCACACCAACAUUUGAGUGGUAUAAGGGAGAUAAAAGGAUUAACAAGGGUCAAGGGAUAGACAUCAAGAACCUCAGCUCCAGAUCAGUCCUCACAGUGAACAACAUGACAGAGGAUCGCUAUGGUAACUACACGUGCGUUGCUGCCAAUGUCCUAGGAAGGGCCAAUGCCAGUGUGCCUCUUAUUCAUGACAAUGAAUGCCAAAAUGUCACUUAUAUCUGUGGAAACAACAGCAAAUGUACCAACACAGAGGGCAGCUACUACUGCACUUGUGGCCCAGGAUACAUUUCAACUGGGCUGAAUAACUUUCGACCUAAUGAUGGGACAGAAUGCACUGAUGUUGACGAAUGCAAGAAUGCCCAUAUCUGUGGACCUUUCUCUCAUUGCCACAACACAAAAGGAUCUUUUUUUUGCAACUGCCAAAGAGAUUACAUUUCUACUUCAGGCACUCAGCACUUUCAUCCAGAUAAUGGAGUUAGAUGUAAAGAACAUCCCAAGAAAAACUGUCAUCAAAACAUUUUGUGCAUAACACAAAGCAUCAACGGAACACUUGAAUAUAUCAGAAAUUUUACAGAUCCUCAGAGCCUUAUGGUGGAGAUGGAAAAACAGACUUCUGGAGAACUAACGUCGGUGGAUGUAAUCUCUUAUGUGGAGGUUCUCUCUCGAUCAUCCUUGCUGCUGAGCUCUAAAGAGAAGAAUGAAACCAUGAAACUGGCCAUGACCAAAACAACUCUCAGAACAUUUUUAAAUGUGGUGAACAAUUUGGUUGAGAAAGAUGAGUUGGUGGCUUGGAAGAGAAUCAAACAAGAGCACCGGGACUACACCAUCACCAAACUCUUACAUACAGUGGAAGAGAGUACUCUGAUCCUGGCCAAGAAUUAUGAAACAACAACGGAGAUUGAGAUCUAUGAGCGUGAAAUGGAGAUGAAGCUCUACAGUUUUGAUGUCCAUCAAAGAAAGAAAACCAUGCUCUCUGUAUUCAUGGGAGGAGAUCAUGUUCAUUUACAUCCAAAAAGACUGGAGGGGAGCACAAAUGGAAGUGUGGCCAUAGUUUUCCUGCGGUAUGAAAAUGUUGGUGACAUCUUGAAACCAAACACUGACCCUGGUGUUACAGAGUACACAAGCUCUGAAACAGGAGAAAUUACUGUGAACUCUCAAGUGAUAGCGGCCGCCAUCAAACCUGCUGACAUGUACCAACUGGACCAUGUGACCUUCACUCUCAGACACACAGUGGCAAUUGACACCAAAGUUGAUGUAACCAAAUGUGCCUUCUGGGAAUAUGAUCCGGCCAGCAUGAAGGGUCAUUGGGCCACACAGGGCUGUGAGCAAAUCGGCGUCAACAGCACUACCACGACAUGCUCCUGCAAUCACCUCACACACUUCGCCAUUCUUAUGUCAUCUGGACGGGCCAACAUGGCUGCCCACUACAACAUUCUGACCAGGAUCACUCAGCUGGGAAUGAUCAUCUCCAUCAUCUGCCUGUCCAUGUGCAUCUUCACCUUCUGGUUUUUCAGUGAGAUACAGAGUACCAGAACAACAAUUCACAAGAACUUGUGCUGCAGCCUAUUCAUGGCUGAGUUCAUAUUUUUAGUCGGGAUCAAUAUGAACACCCAUAAACUAUUCUGCUCCAUCAUUGCCGGACUUCUACAUUAUUUCUUCUUAGCAGCUUUUGCUUGGAUGUGCAUUGAAGGGAUCCAUCUGUACCUGAUAGUAGUUGGUGUCAUCUACAACAAAGGAUUUCUACAUCGCAACUUUUACAUCUUUGGAUAUGGAAGCCCUGCCGUUGUGGUGGCCAUUUCAGCUACACUUGGCUCCAAGUAUUAUGGUACCAAUAAAUUGUGUUGGCUAAGCACUGAAAACAACUUUAUUUGGAGUUUCAUUGGGCCUGCAUGUUUGAUUAUCCUGGUCAAUCUGCUGGCUUUUGGAGUAAUAAUUUACAAAGUGUACCGGCAUACUGCAGUGAAGAAGCCAGAGAUUAGUCACUACAAAAACAUAAGAUCUUGUGCUCGCGGUGCUCUUGCCCUUCUUUUCGUCCUGGGUGCCACCUGGACAUUUGGCGUUCUACACAUUCUCAACGAGACCACACUCACUGCCUAUCUUUUCACCAUUGCCAACGCAUUCCAAGGGAUGUUUAUCUUUAUCUUCCUUUGUGUGUUGUCCAGAAAGAUUCAAGAGGAGUACUACCGGCUGUUCAAAAAUGUGCCAUGUUGCUUUGAUUGCCUGAGAUGAAGAAGUCUGUCAUAUCCAGAGGACCCAUCCUCUGUGAAUGUUACUGGCAUAUCUUAUUCAUUUUCAUGUAGAGUACCGAAAUGCAAUAUAUUUUUACCAUGUCUUCUACUAGUUUCCCAGACAAAAAAAUAAUAAUAAUGGGAACAGACUUGUUCAACUGUUGCAGAUUGUUCAAGUAAUAGUAUGUAUUCGGUAAAUAUAUUUAUGCAUGUUUGUUAGAUUUGGGUAGGUAGCAUUUAAUAUAACCACAUGUAACAUAUUUAUUUGCAUUAUUAUAUACAUUAUAUCAAAAGUCCCAAUGCUGUGACUUUGCAUGCUGUAAAAAAUUUACGUGACGUCAUAAAGGAAACCUAGCCAACCUAUACACUACCAUGUAAGUAUAAACAUUUAAAAAUAAUAUUCUCAAAAUAAUUCAAUAAAAUUAUUUGCACUUAA